UUCGUCGCUGUCCGUUGCGCCGCCGAGUGGCACGCGUCGCGCCAAUUUUCCUUGCACUCGCAAUUCUUCCGGACGGGAAGGACCGAGCGGAUUUUCCGACUUUCCUGCUUCGGGGCCGACACGACCGAGUUCGGCCGCUGACUUUCCCAGCUUUCCGUCGGGCACGCAGUCCUCACUGCGUCCGCCGUGACUGUCGCCGCGGCCACCAUCCGUCGCCAGCUCAAAGUGAUUUUGCAAUUCGCCGAGUGAAGACAUGUCGCAACGAGGCAGCAGCGCGCCCAGAGUUUUCCCUUCCGAUUAGAUCACAGGCAGAAUUGUGAAUUGUGUGCAUUCUUAUUGGACAGCGAGCGGCCGUCGACGACGUUGGAGCUUGGCGAAAAGUCAAAGUGGAGUCGCGUGUGAAUGGAUUUUGACAACUUUUCGAAGUGAGGAGCCGCGGCGAGUGUUUUGCCAGUGGUUUCGCGUUGAAUUUCCGCAGGUUGGACUUUUACGAGGUGGGAAGUCGGUGCUGCACGAGUCGGCAUAGAAUUGUGGUCGCUUUGUGUCAGGAUUCCGAAGGUGGAGUGCCGUGGCCGCGCCUGGCCGGGCUCCUGGACUACCCUUUUAUCCGUGUUGUGUUCGCUCAGGUCGGGUGCCCCUUCGAAGCGCCCGGGUGCUGCCGAGGAGCGUAGUGCAUGCCUGCUCGUCCGCCCGGCUACCGCCACCUGACCCGACCUUCUCGCAGGUGCAACCCGAUAACAAUCCGCGGGCGCGGCGUCCCCCUGCACCGGGGCCACGGCCCAUUGCAGCCUGUUGCAGUUUGUCAGCCUUGUCGUGUGCGGUGCAAGUUGUGAAUCUCGCCGGGACUUGCAUGCAAUUCGCUAGGGAGGAGCAGUGAAUCGAGUGAUACCCAACAACCAUGCAAUUAGCGUUUCCGUGAAAAGUGCGCGGAAAUUCCGACUGUGAAAAAUUCUGGAAUUGUGUGAUGUGUGCGAAAAUUGGAAUGUGUCGAGGAGUUUGUUUGUAGUGGGACUCGGAACAUCUGCGACGGCUCCAGGUCCGCGAUCCAGCCAGGAGGCAACAGCAACGAGCGCAGUAGUGAGAUCCACUGGGGCAGCAAGACAUCCUUCCCCCGAGCAUAUUCCAGUUGAACGCUUCACUUCUUUCAACCUGUCAUCAACCCAAGUGAACACCUCUGCUGUGUCUAAUGCGUCUACUGAACGCUCAUAAGCGCAAACAGGAUCAGUAGUGGGACCGGCAGCAACAGCAACUACAACACCAUAAAUCUAAAAUGAUUCAAAACAAUUUUCCAUUGUGAAGAGAAAAUCACAGCACCAUGAGAAAGGUCUUCUCGUGGUGAUAAUAAUUUCAUUCUUUUCUUGCACGGUGCGAAUUUGUACCUUGACUACAUUCAUUCACUCGAAUUGGGCAGACAGUAGCGUCCUUUUAGCUCUACUGUUGAUUCACUAGAAAAGAGUAAUACCGUCACUGCCAUACGGUACCAGAGAGAAAGGAGUUUUUGUUUUGGUGUAGAAAGGAAAGAAUCUAAGGAAAUCAUGCUGGGAAGCGGAACUUAUGUGUCAGCUGGACCGGUGGAGGUGUCCAAAGCAAUGCAGGAUGGCGAGAAGUUUAUUAAAUGGGAUGAGGAAUCGGGCAUAGGAACACCAGUAACCGUACGAGUGGAUUCCAAAGGAUUCUACUUGUAUUGGAUCGAUCAGAACAAUGAAAUGGAUUUAUUGGAUAUUGCAACUAUUCGGGACGUUCGAACUGGACAGUACGCUAAGAAACCGAAGGACUCCAAGUUGCGUCAAAUAGUAACAAUGGGCUCGCAGGACACCCUCGAAGAGAAAACUAUUACAGUUUGUCAUGGAUCUGACUUUGUUAAUGUUAACUUCGUGAAUUUUUGCUGUACUCGAAAAGAUAUCGCUCAACACUGGUGCGAUGGCUUGAUGCGACUUUCAUAUAAUUUACCCCAACUAAAUGGAUCUACAAAUUUAUUUUUACAAAAGGCACAUACAAAAUUAUGUUUACAAGUUGAUAAAUUGGGAAAGAUACCAGUGAAAAACAUAAUAAAAAUGUUUGCAUCCAACAAGGACGAUAGAAGGCGUGUCGAGAAAGCGUUAGACAUGUCCGGCUUGCCGUCGGGCAAAGGUGAUACACUACACUUAUCGAAAUUCCAGUUUGAAGACUUUUUCAAUCUCUACAAGAAUCUCAUCCAAAGGACCGAAGUGGAAAAAAUUUUUGAUGAAAUUGUUGGGACGUCGAAACGUAGAUGUAUGACAACAUCGCAGCUAGUCGAUUUCUUGAAUAAAACACAACGGGAUCCUCGCCUGAACGAGAUACUUUAUCCAUAUGCAAAUACAGCACGGGCUAAAGAGAUUAUUCACGAGUACGAACCGAAUAAAUUUAAUGCCCAAAAAGGACUUUUGAGUCUUGACGGUUUCUUAAGAUACUUAAUGUCCGAGGAUAAUCCGAUUAUAGCGACAAGCAAACUGGAUUUAUGCGACGACAUGGAUCAACCAUUAAGUCAUUAUUUUAUAAAUUCAUCGCACAAUACCUAUUUGACUGGUCAUCAACUGACAGGGAAGAGUUCGGUAGAGAUCUACCGGCAAUGCUUGUUAUCUGGAUGUAGAUGUGUAGAAUUAGAUUUUUGGAAUGGACGAACAGAAGAGCCAGUCAUUGUUCACGGUUAUACAUUUGUUCCUGAAAUAUUUGCCAAGGAUGUGCUCGAAGCAAUAGCCGAGAGUGCAUUCAAAACAUCAGAAUUUCCUGUGAUAUUAAGUUUUGAGAAUCAUUGUAACCCUCGGCAACAAGCCAAAAUAGCUAAUUAUUGUCGUGAUAUAUUUGGAGAUAUGCUGUUAGAUAAACCAUUAGAUUCACAUCCGCUAGAGCCAAAUGUUGAACUACCACCUCCAUCAUUCCUAAAACGUAAAAUUAUUAUUAAAAAUAAGAAAAAGCAUCACCACCAUCACCACCAUAAGAAGGCAGCAAGUUCUACACAAAACAAAUUAACGUCAACAAAUUCAGUGGAUGCAAGCAAACCUCAUCAGCUACCACAAAUUCAAGAAGAUAACGUUGCUGGGGCUCAACCACCGCUGCCUCUGCAUUCCAAUGUCCCGACGGCAACUGGGAAUGGUGACAUCGGCAACCAUGCCCCGCCUCUCCAGCAGCUGCGCCAAAGUUCAAAGGAUAGUACAGGUUCAUCUGAUACGGAUACAUCUAGCGACGAGGAGUCAAUGCCUAGUUCGAAUCCUAACCCGCCAUCUGGUAAUGAACCACCCUCAGAGAAGAAAGAAACAGAAGCUGGAGCCGAAAUAUCGGCCUUAGUGAACUACGUACAACCAGUUCAUUUCAGUUCAUUUGAAAAUGCUGAAAAGAAGAACCGUUGCUACGAAAUGUCCUCGUUCGAUGAAAAGCAAGCUAUGACUUUGUUGAAGGAGCGUCCUAUUGAAUUCGUCAACUACAACAAGCAUCAGCUAUCCCGAGUAUAUCCCGCUGGCACUCGCUUUGAUAGUUCGAAUUUUAUGCCUCAGCUCUUCUGGAACGCAGGAUGUCAACUGGUUGCCCUUAACUUUCAAACACUCGAUUUGGCUAUGCAGCUGAACGUUGGAACGUUCGAGUACAAUAUAAGAUGCGGUUUCCUAUUAAAACCUGAAUUCAUGCGACGUACAGAUAGACGAUUGGAUCCUUUUGCCGAGAGCACGGUCGAUGGUAUCAUAGCUGGGACGGUUUCAAUAACAGUUUUAUCAGGCCAGUUUCUAAGUGACAAAAAAGUGGGAACAUAUGUGGAGGUUGACAUGUUUGGCUUACCGGCGGAUACAGUGCGUAAAAAAUUCCGAACAAAAAUUGUACGCGAUAAUGGGAUAAAUCCUGUCUAUGACGAAGAGCCGUUCGUAUUCAAAAAGGUGGUCCUUCCUGAACUGGCCAGUAUUCGAAUAGCAGCGUAUGAGGAAGGUGGAAAAUUUAUUGGUCACCGGGUUCUUCCCGUCAUUGGUCUAUGUCCUGGCUAUCGACAUGUAGGAUUGAGAACAGAAAUGGGGCAACCAAUAACGUUAGCUACUCUCUUUUUAUGCAUUGUGGUGAAAGAUUAUGUUCCUGAUGAUUUAUCGAAUUUCGCUGAAGCACUUGCAAACCCAAUAAAGUACCAAAGCGAACUGGAGAAGCGCAGUAAACAACUGGCGGUGUUUACGGAGGAUAACGAACCAGCAGAGGAUGAUAUAGUAAACUCAUGUCAGCGGAAGGAUCUUCGACCUUGUGAGCCACUCACCGGAAGUCCUAAGCACAGAAGUAGCAUUGUCGCCUCAUCGGCCGCUAUUAGUAUGGAAGCACCUUCAGACGGUGAUAGUGAAAUCCCUACAGGCGCUGUUAUACCAACCAUAUCGCAUCAACAUUCAUUAGAUCAAGGUGCAAGUGUUCCGUCGAAACAAAUGGCGGAGACGAUCCUAGAAACAGAAGAAAUAACUGCCGAACCAUUAGAGAAAAUCAUUGAACAUAAACUAGUCAGAGAAAAACGUCUCGAAAUGGAGAAGAAAUUGGAAUCACUGAGGAAAAAGCACGACAAAGAAAAGCUGAAAGUGUGUUCACAAAAAGGAAGCCCAUCGGAAGGUUUGAAAAAACCAAAGUUCUCAGUCACAAACAAAUUGGUUAAGCGACUAAGUAGUAAGAAUUUAGAUGUUAACUUACAAGUUCCACCUUGCCCAGUUGAAUUGGGCGAGAGUAGCGAGGAUAGUGGUGAGCGACAAGGUAUUACUCGUAGUCAGUCGGAGCGAUUAAUUGCCGUUUGUAGGGAAUACUCUCAAGCAUAUCGGGAGAUUCAAGAAAAAUAUCAUGAAAUUAUUUAUUCAACGGCGGAGAAAGUACUGCGAAAUUCCCAAGCUAGUCAAAUGAAGCAGCUAAAAGCAUCACUCGAUAAAGUGACGAGUGAAGUUAUGCAACAAUUGCAAAUAACGAGACGGAAUGAGGUGAAAAAUUUAGCAUCUGUACAUCGGGAUAGGGAUGAGUUAGUGAGGAUGAAGCGCGAGGUAGCAAGUUCGGUGGUGGAACGAGGUGUGGCUGAGCGCGUCCGCCUGAAGCAAGCCUACGAUAAGAAAACAGAAGAGCUGCAACGACAACAUGAUUUGGUUCGAGCAGCACUAACGGAACAUAGGAACAAAGCGAGGUUAAUUCUCGAGAAAGAAGCAGAUUCCCGUACUUGCGUAUCAUCUGAAACUUUUCUUAUCCUUUUCAAUUCCACCAACGCCCAAUCAACUGCCCCGAGCUUAUUGUCAGAUGUAUCAUCUUCGGCAGGAAACAAUGUUGCUGCGGUGAAUAGUACAACUAUGCCUAUGGAGUCAUAAACUUUAAAACAACGCCUUUCAAAGAUUUUAGGCAGUGACAAACAUAGGAGAGGAUGCUGUAUAGUAAACAGUAUGUCUUCCUCGAGGUAACAUAGUAGCAUGAAGGAAAACUCUGAAAUGAGACCAGUAAAAUGGUUGAACCCUUUACUAUUAAAGUAAUAACAUUCAAAAACAAAAUAUUUUAUAAAAUUGGCCUAAACUAACUAUCUCGAUAGUUUGUAUGAAAAUAUUAAACUGAAUUAGUCAUAAGAGAAGGAAUAGGAUGUAUCUGCAAUUUAUAUGAUAAAUGGGUUGUUGUUUUUAGUAGGAAACGUAAAUAAGGAAUAGGACAAAAAGGUUCUUAGAAGUGCAAAAAAAGAAAACUAAUAAUAAAAUAAUAUCAAAUCUAGAGAGGAAACUCGUAAACUAUCAUAAUAUUAUAAAAUGGAUCGCUGCUAGUCUUCUACUUAGCGAUAAGUGUGAUUAUGUAAGAUUUUAGAGAGUUUUUGACUUAUACAAUUUACUUUCUAUCUUAUUUUCGUAGAGGUUGAUCCUCUGAAAAUGCACAAAGAAAAAGGAAAUCUCAGACAAGUAUGUCUUUCUCGAAGCACAAAUGCUUUUGUUCGUUUUUAUUAUUUUGCAACAAGUUAAUCUAUGAUUCGUAGGCGUGUUCCCUGUUGGAUGAUUUAUACUUUUUUAAUUAAUUCAUAAAAAUAUUUUCUAUUUUGUUUUGAUUUAUAGUACAAAGUGAAAAGUUAGCCUUUAGAUCUUAUUGUUUCAAUUAUAAUUUCUGAAGUUUGUUAUUUAUGUUAAGGAGGAAAGCUUAGGGCUUAGGAAUAUUCGUUUUCCCUUGGCUUUUACUAAAAUGAUAUUAAUUAUGUGAUUCAAAGGGGUGUACCCUUUGAAUCGUCAUUUAGUUUCGGUUUUAGUUAACUUUAUUUUAUUUAUUUUCGAAUCUGAACACCUUUAUAUGUUGUUAUUUGGAACAUCCGAGACAUUCGCAACAAUUAUAGUGGCAUUAAUUGCCAUGGAUUUAUAAACUGCCCUUUGUUUUAUUUAUCCUCUGUUUGGUUAUUACUUAAUGUAGAGUCCAGCGCCAAGUCUACGAUUCAGGGAGAUGAAGGUGCUGGAUUUAUUUUUGUCAAAGUGCUGCAACUCACAUUUAUUAGGUAUAAUAAUUUUGAAAAUGGUGAUAGAUUGUGGUCUAGAUGUAGCGGCUUUCUGUUGUGAAUAUGAAUGCAACAUAUUUUAAGUAGUUUCAUUUUUCUAGCAGCGUAAUUUAUGGUCCCGAUACAAACAUCCUAAUCUCUUCCCGUUAAUUAAUUUUUUUUUCGACGGAAGAAUACCACAAAGGUAAUAAACAAAACAACAUGUUCACUACCUAAUCUUAUUGUCCCUCUCCUUUAUUGAAUGUUAAAUCAGAAUGUUUAGCUUCCCCGCUUUCAUUGCUAGCUGAAGGAUAUAUAAAAAAUGAAUUCCUAUGAGAAAAAAAAACGGUUUGUAAACUUCUUCAAAAAUGUAGAUCAGUAAAAAAUGCAACGCACUUCUCGAAUUGAAUUUGUGGAAAUCAAAAACUAAUAAUCCAGUUACGAUGCAUCAGAAUAAGCUGCUAACGUAACGUAAAAGUGUAAAUUGGAAACAUGAAAGUUUUUAAAGAAUUUAGUAAAAAGUAAGUAGUAACCAACUAAUUGAGUAUGCGGAGCGUGGUACAUCGCUAUCAGAUUACUUUAGCAAUGCCAAGAUAUUGAUUGCUCACCCAGCUAACAGUGCUGCGCGGGCUGCAAAUCUGCCGUGAUAGUCGGCAGUGACAGGCACGACUGGAAAGCAAAUGUCGAUUGAACAUUACCCCAUUGGCUCUACUCUCUAUAAUACUUGAAUCCCUGAGAUAAAAAGGAAUAAAAAGAAAUUAUACGAUAAAAUCUUGUGACAAUCACCAGAAUUUGCGAUUGAGUCAAAAUAAACACAAUUGGCUCGUUUAAUAAUUUAUUAAGGAAGAAAAAUAUUGAACAGCUAGUCUAUAGAGGUUCAUACAAAUAGUUCGUGUCUAGAUCAUAAUGUUGAAGUUAGUUGUAUUUGUUAAAGAAAUACAAUUCAUUGUGCAUGUAUUUUAGUGCAAACAAAGUAAAUAGAUACUUCAAUUUCCGAUUGACUUGCCACUGUUCAGUUUCCCCACUAGCUUUCAUCUGAAUUUUCGGUUGUUAAGUAUAUUGCGUAAUAUUUCCAAAGGUUUCAUAUAAUGCCAUCGAUAAGCUCCCGAUACAGUUAAUUUUCAUGGUAAUAUUUCUACAGGGCAUAUAAAGUGUAUACAAUGUAGUUGUGGUGACGAAUGGGUGGCAAUUUCGUAUGCUCUGUUUCUUACGACGAAAGUGCACUACAGUAAAUCAGUCCAUCAAUUAAAUCAAGCUUAAAACUUUGCGAACCUCUUGAAUCUUGAUAUGAAAUUUCGCCCUUAGAGCGGCUUCACCAUUUUAUUUAACUAUUGCAGCAGUAGUUCCGUAAUUAUAUUUAAAUCUCUUUGGAAUGCAUCAUGCUGGACUUACAUUGACAAGUCAAUAUGAUUUCUUUCCAAACCUAAGCAAAGUUAGUACUAUAAUAUUAUGGCGAGCUGAUUGGUUACUGCUGACAGUAUACUCUCAUAGCAACUCGGCUGGACCAAUUUUAAAGACUCAGUGAGGAUGAU